AGUAUAUUUCAUCGCACCUCUUAAAUCACAUGGCACAACAGCUUAGGGAGAGCACUAUAUUGCCUGCCGGGCCUCCCAAGAGGGGUUCGACCCCUAUAAGGUCAGAAAGGUCACAUAUUUCAGCCCCCUGUUUCUUAUGGAAAACAGCCAACCACCGAAUCAACUGGCCGGGAUGGAGACUCCGAAGAUGGAGUUUCUUUGCUGUAGCAUGUCACUGAGUCCUAUUCAGGCCAGAGGUUAAAAGAGAAUUUAAUUCUCUCUCUCUCUCUCUUGCUCUCUGCGUCAGUGGUGCUUGGCCUGGGGCCAGCAUCCCUCCCCCUGCUCUCUCUGUCCCAUCCCCAAACUCAGGGGAAAUGCUGAAAACUUUGCAACGAUCUGUAUGUCGAGGGAGGAGGAAGAUGAGAAGAGUCGCUCUGGUCGCUGCUACUGUUGAUGUCAAGAUUCCUCUCUCCUACCUAGCGCCAUACAUAACCUCAGCCAGCCUUUCCUGAACUUGAAUCUCCUUCAUCCCCUCCACUCUCUCUCUCCUCCGCCCCUCCCUCUUCCUCUCCGCCGAAGAACAUCUCCCGGGCCAAGGCAGACCAAAUAAUGGCUCUGCCAACUCUCUGACCACCACGUCCAGUCUGCAGGCCAGGCGGCCGAAGAAUCCCAGAGGGGAGCAGACAGUGAGGAAGACCAGCAAUACCUGCAUCUUAAAUCCUGCCAGCUUCGCGGCUGCCUUUUGCCUCUUGGGGAUUCAGCUGCCAUGGAAGCUGAAAGGAUCUGGCCAGGCUGAGAGCCCAGGCUGCAUCUGUUCUGUCGCUGCAGAAUCUCCGAUCGGAUAGAGAAAACAGAAUACACGAGAGGUCUCUAUAGGAUUCUUCCAUCCUCUCCACUUCUGCCCAUUUUCGGUUGAUUGGUGGACUAUGGUGACAGGGAGAUGUUGGCCAGGAAGAGUAUCAUCCCCGAAGAGUAUGUCCUCGCACGGAUCGCGGCCGAGAACCUGGGCAAGCCGCGCGUCAGGGACCGGCAACAGAAAGCCCGCUUCAUCGCCAAGAACGGGGCUUGCAACUUGGCUCACAAGAACAUCCGCGAGCAAGGGCGCUUCCUGCAGGACAUCUUCACUACCCUGGUGGACCUGAAGUGGCGCCACACGCUGGUCAUCUUCACCAUGUCCUUCCUGUGCAGCUGGCUCUUCUUCGCCAUGAUGUGGUGGCUGGUGGCCUUUGCUCACGGGGACAUGGACAAGCCGUGCACAACCAGCGAGGACAUCACUAGGUGGAAGCCCUGUGUCACCUGCGUCAGGUCUUUCACCUCCGCUUUCCUCUUCUCUAUUGAGGUCCAGGUGACCAUUGGCUUUGGAGGGAGGAUGAUGACCGAAGAAUGUCCCAUAGCGAUCACCGUACUGAUGCUCCAGAACAUUGUGGGCUUGAUCAUCAAUGCCGUCAUGUUGGGUUGCAUCUUCAUGAAGACGGCGCAGGCACACCGGCGAGCCGAGACCUUGAUAUUCAGCCGGAACGCGGUCAUCGCCGUACGCAAUGGCAAACUCUGCUUCAUGUUUCGGGUUGGGGACCUGAGGAAAAGCAUGAUCAUCAGUGCCUCAGUGCGGAUCCAGGUGGUCAAGAAGACCACCACCCCUGAAGGAGAAGUCAUCCCCAUCCACCAGCUAGACGUCCCAGUAGACAAUCCCAUUGAGAGCAACAAUAUUUUCCUAGUGGCCCCUUUGAUUAUUUGCCACAUCAUUGACAAGCGGAGUCCUCUUUACGACAUCUCCGCCAAUGACUUGGCCAACCAAGACCUAGAGAUCAUUGUCAUACUUGAAGGUGUGGUGGAAACCACUGGAAUCACCACCCAAGCAAGAACGUCCUACAUAUCCGAAGAGAUCCUCUGGGGCCACCGCUUCGUGCCCAUCGUAGCGGAAGAAGAAGGGGCCUACGCUGUCGACUACUCCAAGUUUGGCAACACGAGCAAAGUCGCAGCGCCGCGUUGCAGUGCCAAGGAGCUGGACGAGAAGCCUUCCAUCCUCAUCCAGACCCUCCAGAAGAGCGAGCUGUCACACCAGAACUCCCUGAGGAAACGUAAUUCCAUGCGGAGGAAUAACUCCAUAAGGAGGAACAACUCCAUAAGGAGGAAUAAUUCAUCCUUUGUGGUGCCCAAGGUCCAGUUCAUGACACCGGAAGGAAACCAGAACUUGCUGGAGACAUGACAGGUCUCAAGCAAUCCCACACCCUAUUCUGUAAAAAAAAGACCUCUUAAGACAUUUGUGUUAACUCGAUGUAAAAAAUUAAUGGAGCUGGGAGCUAUUUAUUAUGUGCAAGCACCAGGUCGAACCAAACGGAGCAGGGGUAGGGGACGUGUUGCCCUCCAGAUGAUGUUGGACUACAGUUCCCAUCAUUCCUAACUUUUGGCCAUGCUAGCAGGGUCUGGUGGGAGCCCAGAGCCCCACAACACCUGGGGGGCCACAGGUCCCUCACCCCUGAAAUAGAGAGAAAUGCUGUAAUUGUAGUGUAGUUGUCACUGACAUGGUCUACCAGAGCCAGGCCCACCUUCCAGCAUGUGUACCAUUUUAGACCAGAGAACUUUCCUCUAGACUAGCCUUCCUCAGCCCAGUGUCCUUCAGGUGUUGCAGGACUUCAACUCCCAUCAGCCUCAGUCAGCAUGGCCAAUGGGCAGGGGUGUUGGGAGUUGUAGUCCAACAACAUCUGGAGGGCACCUGGUUGGACAAGAUGGCUCCAUACAAAAAUGCAAUGAAUCCCUUCAGGGUUUUUUAAGCACUUCAGAGACUAAACUAGGCCAGUGUCAGGAGGGAGCCAGCAAUAAAUCACACAGAGUAAGUGAAGUUAACUCUUUAUUAGAAGAAACAGGAUCUGUUCAGGAGUGCCAGGCCUAAUGAGCACAGCAACUCCUCUUCAGUAAGUCUUGCCCCUAUGAGGUAGUUGCAGAGACUAAAGGUCCCCGCCUUCCACAGCUGCCUAAGUCUCUUCCUCUCCAGGGCUUUCCCCAAGCAAUCUGAGACUGUGCCAGCAUGUCUGCCUUUGCUCCUCCCACUUCAUGCCCUCCUGGUCCUGGAAGACCAUCAGAGAGGGGAGCUUGCUCCAGGCAUAGUUCAAAGUUCUGGCAUUGCUGUUGUUGUUGUUUAGUCGUUUAGUCGUGUCCGACUCUUCGUGACCCCAUGGACCAGAGCACGCCAGGAACUUCUGUCUUCCACUGCCUCCCGCAGUUUGGUCCAACUCAUGCUGGUAGCUUCGAGAACACUGUCCAACCUUCUCGUCCUCUGUCGUCCCCUUCUCCUUGUGCCCUCCAUCUUUCCCAACAUCAGGGUCUUUUCCAGGGAGUCUUUUCUUCUCAUGAGGUGGCCAAAGUAUUGGAGCUUCAGCUUCAGGAUCUGUCCUUCCAGUGAGCACUCAGGGCUGAUUUCCUUAAGAAUGGAUGGGUUUGAUCUUCUUGCAGUCCAUGGGACUCUCAAGCACCAUAAUUCAAAAGCAUCAAUUCUUCGGCGAUCAGCCUUCUUUAUGGUCCAGCUCUCACUUCCAUACAUCACUAUGGCAUUGCUGUAAACAACCCUAAAUGACCUAGAGUACUUCUUGAACCAAGGAUUUGGACCCAGCCUUAGAAUUAUGCUUAAAUCAACAGGACUUGAGUAGAAUGAACUUAAAUAUUACCAUGCCCCUGCAGCGAUCAGAAGUGGAUGGAAAGAGAGGUGAGGUAAAAUUUACUUCACUAUGUAGUAAGAUUCUGUGUAGGGUACGUUUACCAGCAAAUACCACGGUUAUUGUCAUUCAAAUCUUUUUUUUUAAAAGAAAAUAAUGCACAUCAGAAAACUAUAUUAAGAACCUCAGCAUAUGUAGAUCUACUAGUUGUCCACUUCAUAAAGACAACCUUUUUAAAUAAAGUUUUUCCCCACUUUC